UCCGCCUGAGGAGAUGGGACCUCCUCUUCCAGUAUAUAAAGCUGGAAGGCAGAAGCAGGUGGUCACACAGGAACACCAAGCAGAGGAACUAACAGCACUGUUUGGAAGGAAACAACACAAGCUCGGAACCAUGAGAAGCAUCCACUGCGUGGCCGGCGUCCUUUUGGUCCUGGGCUUCGUGCAAGUCAGCUGGCAGGUUCCUCUACUUGGCACUGAGGACAGCUCCAGUUUUGAGGAAGACAACAGAUUAGCUAGCGGGCCCCAGGAGCUGUCGAACAUCAAGAGACACUCAGAGGGAACGUUUUCCAAUGACUACAGCAAAUACCUGGAGGACAGGAAGGCCCAAGACUUUGUCCGGUGGUUGAUGAGUAACAAGAGGAGCGGUGCCGAUAAGCGCCAUGCAGACGGAACCUUCACCAGCGACAUCAGCUCCUACCUCAAGGACCAAGCAAUCAAAGACUUCGUUGCCCAGCUCAAGUCUGGACAGAUCCAAAGAGAAUCGGAAAUAGACAGCCUGGCUCAAACGAUCAGCAGGAGGCAUGUAGAUGGAAGCUUCACCAGCGACGUGAACAAGGUGCUGGACUCCAUGGCCGCCAAGGAAUACUUACUCUGGGUCAUGACCUCUAAACCUUCAGGCGAAAGCAACAAACGGAAAGACAACCAAUGAGAGUCUUUUCAAACGCCACCUAAAGCCAUAUUGCAGAGGAACAGGAAGCCAUACCGCUUUGCAUGUUAUGUUGAUAUUUUUUACUUUACUUUGAAUGUAUUGCAAAGAUACAAAUAAAUGCUAUUCUUCCACAGACAAAAGGUGCACAAAGGAAGAAAUGAAAUUCAGGGCAUGAAAUUUUCUACAAAUGACAAUUAUUUGCUGUGUUUCUAAGCUGCAAACAAGAACACCAAAGGUUCCGUCUCAGGUAGUCCUAUGGAAAACAUAUGAUUGUCAUAGCAAACGAAUAUUUUACUCUGCUAAAUAAACCUCGUCAUUUAUUUCAUCUCUUUGCCUCCUUUGUUUAGAGUGUACAACUCCUGCUUAAAAUGUUAUUCGUUCAUGAUGCACAAAUGUUUCCAUUUGUGAUGGAAAUUUCACAAUUGUGCUACAUAUGUGAAACUUAUCUUGUAAAAAUUGGCUUAAAAACAAUCAAAACUGUGCAAAGCAGCAAUAAUCAUUGUCCAAACUCUAUGUGGCUCAAUUUAAGAAUUCUGAUUAUGUACAGCUCUGUCAAUAUCCCAUAUUCUCUGUAUAAUCUACAUGUUGUCUCCUUUGCAAAGAUUCUCUAUGAAAUUGUGAAGGACCAACCUUUUUAGGUGAUUUGGUAUCAGACUUAGUUCUGGACUCUAGUUCAGCCAUUCCAAGAUGAUCAUUUUUCUCUCAUAAAGUCGUCAUUAUGUGGACUGAAAUGUAUGCUGACACUGUUCCAGAGAUAAAAAAAAAUCUUACACAAGUAAACACCUGAAGCUCUGGGUAUAAACUGACUAGUUUUUGGAACUGGAGUCCAUGAAAACCAGUUCCAUCAAAAGUAGCCCCAGGAGCAUCGCGACACCACUGUAAUUAGAUCAAAGCAAAUUCAUGUCUUAGAAUGUUGAAAACCGCAAGUUUUACAUAGUAUUGACUCAGGAGGACUUGAAUAGAAAAAGCUUGCUUUCCAAAUCCAACAAACAUUUUACUGGGUUU